UCAGCCAACUCUCCAUCUGCUGCUAGCGUUUUUUAUUAUUUUGUAAACUUUUCCAUAUUUUCAAACAGCUGUAAGAAUUUAUUCGCUUUCCAGCGGUCUGGCAACCCUGACCACAACCUUGCUGCAUUUUGGGCUCCAACGUUCUAACGAUGAACUAACUAAUAUAUAUAAAUCAAAAUUGUAAGCGACUGGGCUCCAGGAACAGAUAGACAAAUACCCAGACUUGUAAACGAGAGGAUCAGAUUUUGUUUUUGAGCAAACCCCAGCAGAAAUGGGCAACACAGCGAUCACCCGGGUGCAGAUGGAGGCCACCAAGAGUGUGCCGGUGGACCAUGCCAAGUACAUGAGCGGAGCCGCCGGUUCUCCGCCGCCGGAAUGUCCCAUGCACCAGAAGCACGGAGAUGGCAAUGCGGCGAAGUCCGCCUCCGCCGUGCCCCCACAUCCCAAAAUGCAGUCGGCAUCCGAGUGUCCGGUGCAGCAUGACAACAGCGACGUGAAUCCGCUGAACAUGAUGCCGCCGGCCAACCAACAGCCAGCGGCGGAUCAGCCCUUCCCACUGCCCACAGACCGCCAGACGUCGACCAUUCCCAAGGUCACCGAGGACGGAACCGUCCAGUUCUGGCAGUACCCCAGCCAGCAGAUGUUCUGGAACGCCAUGCUGCGCAAGGGCUGGCGCUGGAAGACCGAGGAUGUCUCGCAGAAGGACAUGGGCGACAUCAUCCGCAUCCACAACGCCAACAACGAGCAGGCCUGGCAGGAGGUGCUCAAGUGGGAGGCGCUGCACGCCAAGGAGUGCGGCAAUCCGCGCCUCAAGAGCUUUGGCGGCAAGGCCAAGGACUUCAGUCCACGUGCCCGCUUCCGCAGCUGGCUGGGAUAUGAGCUGCCUUUUGAUAGACAUGAUUGGAUCGUCGAUCGUUGCGGCAAGGAUGUGCGCUACGUCAUCGACUAUUACGACGGCGGUCUGGUGGACAAGGACUACCGCUUCGCUCUGCUGGACGUGCGUCCUGCCAUGGACUCCGUGGACAACGUUUGGGACAGGAUGCGAGUGGCCUACAUGCGCUGGAGGUUCGAGCUGACCGAGAAGUUUGGCGACCGCGAUGGAGGCAAAGUGACCGCCGGUAGCGACUAGAUGAAUUGCAUAUUAAGAUGAUCGGUAUCUGUACAAAAUCGGCUUAAGUUAUCGGAUGCGACUGGAGUUGUAGUUGAAUGCGUUUAAACCGUUGUGGGCGAGUAGUGAAUUCCUUCUCUGUCCUCAAAUAAACUUUAAUUUCUGACUUCUGAACACCCAAA